AUGUACUCGGCGUCGCCGCCGCCGCCGCGACGGGACUUCAUCUCGGUGACGCUGAGCCCCGCGGAGGCGGCGGGGGCAGGCGGCUACAACAACAGCAAGGCCUGGAGGAGGCGCUCCUGCUGGAGGAAAUGGAAGCAGCUUUCUCGACUACAGCGGAGUGUAAUUCUCUUCCUGUUUGCCUUCUUGGCAGUCUGUGGAGUCAUUUCAUACACAAACAUGGGGGAACAGUGGAAAAGUCUAACGAACAAAUCAUCAGAAGAUCAGAAGACAGAACUAGAGAUCCCUGGAUUGAAACCAGCAAAUCCAGCUGUUUUACCAGCACCGCAGAAAGCAGAUGCCAACUACCCGGAGCUUUCACCUCAGAAACAUUCAAAGCCUCCUCAUGUCCGACGUGGUCCUCCUAAUCUGCAGAUCAGACCGCCACGGAGAGAUGCAAGGGUAAAGGCCCAAGAUGUUGCUGGCAAGACUGAGGAAGAACCUGGCCAGGCUGAUAAAGAAGAGAAAACAGAAAAGUCCAUUAUUAGUUGGAGAGGAGCAGUGAUAGAACCUGACCAAAGCACUGAACCUCCUUCCAGUAAAAUAAAGGAACCAGAAAAAACAUCAUCUGUGGAAGUGGAAGAUCAGAAAGAGCCAGUGCCCAUAAAUGAACGUCAGAUGGCUGUGAUAGAAGCAUUCCGCCAUGCAUGGAAAGGUUAUAAAGAGUUUGCCUGGGGACAUGAUGAACUGAAGCCUUUGUCCAAAUCCUACAGCGAGUGGUUUGGACUCGGUCUUACGUUAAUUGAUGCAUUGGAUACCAUGUGGAUUUUGGGCUUAAAAGAAGAGUUUGAAGAAGCAAAGAAAUGGGUGGCAACUGACUUACUGCUUGAUAAGAAUGUGGAUGUGAACCUCUUUGAGAGCACCAUUCGUAUUCUGGGGGGUUUGCUGAGCGCCUACCACUUAUCUGGAGAUAGCCUCUUCCUGGAAAAAGCUAAAGACAUUGGGAGCAGGCUUAUGCCAGCAUUCAACACACCAUCCAGGAUACCAUACUCAGAUGUAAACAUUGGCCGAGGCACUGCCCACCCACCUCGUUGGACGUCUGACAGCACCGUGGCAGAGGUGACCAGUAUUCAACUGGAGUUUAGGGAGCUCUCUCGUCUCACUGGAGAUGAGAAAUUCCAGAAAGCAGUAGAUGCGGUGAUGAAGCAUGUACACUCUCUCUCAGGGAAGAAUGAUGGGCUGGUGCCCAUGUUCAUAAACACCAACAGUGGGCAGUUCACUCACCUGGGUGUCUACACUCUGGGAGCCAGAGCUGACAGCUACUAUGAAUAUUUGCUCAAGCAAUGGAUCCAGGGUGGGAAGAAAGAAAAUGAACUGUUGGAAGAUUACAUGAGAGCUAUAGAAGGGGUGAAAAAGCAUUUACUUCGGACAUCACAACCCAAGAAGCUUACUUUUGUAGGUGAACUUGCUCACGGCCAUUUCAGUGCCAAGAUGGAUCAUCUAGUUUGCUUCUUACCUGGGACACUGGCUCUUGGAGCUCACAAUGGGCUGACUGCUGAUCACAUGGAGCUGGCCAAAGCCCUCAUAGAAACUUGUUACCAGAUGUAUGUUCAGGUAGAGACAGGCCUGAGCCCAGAGAUUGUACACUUCAAUCUCCAUGCACAAAAGGACCGCAAGGAUGUGGAGAUCAAGCCUGCAGAUAGGCACAACCUGCUGCGACCUGAAACUGUGGAAAGCCUGUUCUACCUGUACAGAUUCACGGGGGAUAAGAAAUACCAAGACUGGGGCUGGGAGAUCUUGCAGAACUUCAAUAAGUAUACACGGGUUCCUUCAGGUGGUUACACUUCCAUUAACAACGUCCAGAACCCCAGUAACCCAGAGCCAAGAGAUAAGAUGGAAAGCUUCUUUCUUGGGGAAACACUCAAGUAUAUGUUUCUGCUGUUUUCGGAUGACGUAGACCUAAUCAACCUUGACAAAUAUGUAUUUAACACAGAAGCUCAUCCCCUUCCUAUCUGGGCACCAGCAUAGAAGU